AUGGACAGAGAGAAUGAAGAUGUAGAAAGAGCUAAUAAAGAAGAUAUUAAAGGAAAAUCAUUUAAAAGAGCUAGAUAUGAUGUAGAAAAGGAAGGUGGGGGAAAUGAGAAAGAAGUUAUAGAUGAGGAAGAUGGAAAUAAAAAUGAGAAAAAAGAUGGAGAUGAUGAGGAUGGAGAUAAUAAAGAAAGUUAUAAAGGAAAUAAAGAGAAUGGUCAGGAUGAAGGUGAGGAUGAAGAGGAAAAAGAUAGUGAGAAAGGAUACGCGAAGAAACAAGAUGGAAAGAAAAGUGAGGAAUAUGCUAAAGAGGAAAAUAAAAGAGAGGAUGGAGAGGAAAAAGCUGAUGAUAAUGUUGCUAAUGAUGUUAAGCUAUCAUCAAUUGAUCGUUAA